AUGGACGAAAUCAUGAUGUCAUAUACGAUGCCUGAAGUAAUUGAAAAAUACUUUCCUGGAGGAAUCUGCGGUCAGGACAAAUUUGGUCGACCAGUUUUUAUAUGCCCAGCGGGUACGACUGACGUUUAUGGAUUGAUGCGAUCGGCUUCUCGCUCUCAACUAGCUCUUUCUCAGUACUACGUUAUGCAAAAAAUCAUUGACGAAGUUUUGCCUGCCCAGGCUCGCAAAAUGGGUCGCCCAAUUGAUCAACUGGUCGUAAUUUUUGACCUUCAGCACAUGAAUCGGCGCCAGUUGUGGCGCCCGUGGCUCAAUUUUGUCCUCGAAAUGACCUCCAUUUUUGAGGUCAACUUCCCGGAACUCAUGGCUGUCUGUUUUGUGCUCAAUGCUCCUUCCUUCUUCUCAAUGGUCUUUUCUCUCAUGAAACCGCUGCUGAGUAAGGAAACUCAGAACAAAAUCCAUAUACUUGGCUCCAACUACGUUGAUGAUCUCUUGAAGCUCUUUGAUCCCGAAGGUCUUCCGGCUCACUAUGGUGGCAAGAUGCGUGAUCCUGAUGGUGACCCCAAAUGUUCUUCUAGAAUCUGCUGGGGUGGAACUGUUCCCGAGUCUUACUACCAAAUCCAUCAGACGCCGAAUGCUCCCGCUGAAGAUAGUGAUGACACAUUUCUCCUUGUUCCCGUGAGCCGAGGAAGCAAAGAAUACUAUUACGUUGGCGAGGCCAAGGUCGGGGACAAAAUAUUGUGGGAGUUUUACACCGAGUCAAACGAUAUCGCCUUCAGCCUAUGGGUGGAACCAUUGGGUGGUAAUCACUCGCCUCUCGAUGAACAAAAUCGACGGAGGUCGGUCAAAAAUCGUGGUCAAAGCGGUGGUGGUGGCAUCUCCACCUCCUUCUCUUUCAAUAACCUUUUGGGAGGGCAAGGGGCAGGAAAAUCAGAUUUGAAACAGGUCACGCAGCCCACAAGAGUGGAUUGCGAUCUUGUACCCGAGAAAGGAAACUGGAAGGCGAGUAUCGAGGGGAGCUACUAUCUCCUCUUUGAUAAUUCCUACAGCUGGACUCGAACAAAACGUGUCUGGUGCAAGGCUGAUGUGACGCGCCCCCCCACUUCUACUCAAAGCGCCAAUGCAAACAACAGUUUAUUGGAAGAAGCCGAUAAGAAUGAAGUCGAGGCUGGUCUGUCGGAGGUAAUGGAGGCUGUGCGCGCCCCGGACUAUGCAAGCCUCUCCACGCCCGACGUGGACAUCUCGGCACUGGUGAUGAUUCUUGCGAAAACUCUUCCACUCGUUCGGCGUAGGUUACGUCCCCAAUCAAGCUUACCGCUCCAAGCCACCAUGAUGAAGUGA